CUCGAUGCCCAGCUGUAGGAUUAUUAUUGACCAAAAUGCCCUACCACCUGCCGGUUUCUAGAAAACGGGCUCAGUGCACUAAAAAACCGCUGCCUUGCGCUCUCCGGAGAGGUUUCUGGUUUUCAAUGGAAGCGGGAAGUGUAAGAAACAGGAGAGGUCUCGAAGCUGAAAUCCUAGCAAAGGUGGGAGAAGUAAUCUCAGCCAUCCACGAUGCAAACCACGUCGACCAAGUUAUCUGCGCCCUCCAUUCCAUCGCCCUUCUUCUCUUUCCUCUCGAUUCUUCCCUCUUUUCAGGUAGCCUUGAUCACUGCUACCGGAAUCAGGUCCUCAAUGCCAAGGUUCCUCCCCAAUCUGAAAGGGAUGGUUGGAGACAUAUCUUCUAUCAAGGAGCUGCAUUUCCGACAUUGGCUAGGAUAUUAGCAUAUGAUGUUGCUUCAAACUGGCUAGCUUGUUUCCCUCUGUCAGCGCGAACACAUGUUUAUGACUCUUUCUUUGUUAACGGACCUUCAACUGAAACUGUUCAGGCUCUAGUUCCUUUUCUAAUGCAAAAUGGAACAAACAAAGAUGUAGAUCUCGGUUCUGUUUGCUCAAAUGCUGAAAGGUUACUGGUAUCAUGCUUGCUUGAAAAUGAGGGAGUAUGUUGCAUAGCUAGAGAAUUUGGUGACUCAUUCGCAAAUGAAGAAGAUGCUAGCGAAUGGUUCAAGCCAGACAAAUUAACCUUCAUAUCUAGGGUGGCGCAACUAGUUGCAUCUAUUCCUGACAAAGCAAGACCAAAAGCAACAAUUGCACUUUCUUCACACAUGUUCUUCAAGCAGGUCACCAUUCAACUAUUUGCUGCGGCAGGAGAGCAGGCUACAAAAUUUCAUAACAACCCAGAUGCAUUGGACAAAACUACUGUGGAUGGAACCUUCUUAUUUGCUGGUGAAAUGUUUGCACGCAUUUGUCGGCGAGGCUUUGCAGAUAUUCUGGCAGCAGAAAUGAUCCCUCGGAUUCUUAAACAUGUUAGGAGCUGCUUAUCAUCAAAAGUUGAUUCCAUCUGUCCUGAUCUCAUUGAAUCAAAAUCUGAGUCCCAAUUCUGGCUGAAGAUUAUGGAAGCAGUGAAAGACCCAUACGCUGUGGAAAGAUUAUCUGAAGAAUUGUUGCGCCAACUAGCAAAUAAAUGUGUUAGUGAUACUGAAGCUUACUGGAUGCUUUGGAUGCUGUUUCAUCACAGUUUACAGCAUCAAACAGCCAUGAGGGCUAUGUUUCUCGACAAGUUUUUACUCUGGAAAGUGUUUCCAAUCUGUUGUCUGAGAUGGAUUCUUCAGUUUUCUGUUCUUGAAUGUGCACCUUAUACUGGUGUACUGAAGGAAGGUCGAAAUACUGGUCGCCUCUUAGACAUUUCUCAGCGCCUAGUUGGCAUAUGGUCCAAACGAGAGUUCGUUCAAUCAGCUCCCAUGGAACAACAAGCUUAUGUAACAGCAGCUGUUGGUCUUUCUGUGGAGAAGAUGUCCAAAGAAGAACUAGAAGCCAGCAAGGAUACACUACAUUCACUUCUUCAAGGAGUCAGCUGUAGACUGGAAAGCCCAAUCCAUUUGGUUCGGAAAAUGGCUAGUUGUGUUGCCCUGACGUUCUCCAAAGUAGUUGAUCCGAAAAAUCCUCUUUACCUUGACGAUGAUUGUAGAGAAGACAAGAUUGAUUGGGAAUUUGGGUUUACUACACUACAGAAAAAGAUACCAGCUGAUUCCCAUGGCAUAGGAAUUAUUAAAGAUGAAGUAGAGACGUCUACUGAGAUGCUGGAGGGACUAGAUGCUGCAGUUGAUGACAAAAGACACAAGGAUUUGAAAGGCAAAGCAUUGAAUGCUAAUAAGGUGUUAUCUGAGUUUCAGUUGGUCGAUCCUGAUGAAAUUGUCGACCCUGCAACACUAAAUAAUGGAAGUUUCUCUGAUGAGGAUGAUGAUGGUGAAAGUAAGAAUUCCGAAGCCUCAGAUGAUUCAUCUCUGCAGCCGUAUGACUUGUCAGACGAUUAUGCAGACUUGAAAAAGAAGUUGUCACAGCUCAGUGAUGUAAUUGCGGCAUUACGAAAGCCUGAUGACCCGGAUGGUGUUGAAAGGGCGCUUGACGUUGCUGAAAAUCUUGUAAGGGCAUCUCCUGAUGAACUUCAGCAUGUCGCAGGUGACCUUGCGAGAGCACUCAUGCAAGUGCGUUGCUCUGAUGUGACUAUUGAAGGAGAGGAAGAAUCUGCUGAAGAAAAGAGGCAUAGAGCACUGGUGGCAUUGCUUGUCAUGUUGCCAUUUGAAUCUUUGGAUUGCCUAACAAAGUUACUGUAUUCACCAAACAUGGAUGUCAGCCAACGUAUACUAAUCCUCGAUGUCAUGACAGAUGCAGCCCAAGAGCUUGCUGAGACUAAAAUUGCUAGUGUGAAACAUCAACGAAGGUGCCUUGUAUCAACCAUUUCGGAGAGCCAACCAUGGUUUGUUCCAAGUAGCAGAAGGCUUCCUGGAGCUGGUCCUUGGAAGGAGGUCUCAGAAACAGGGACCUUUCUAAGCUAUUAUCAUCGCUAUGAGAGAGAACUCCCCUCCAAACCCACGCAGACCAAGUUGGGGAAGUCACGCAGAUGGAGCCUCAGACAUGCAAAUACACUAGAAAACCCAACAGAAUGUUUAAAAAACAAAUUCCCUGUUUAUGCAGCUGCAUUCAUGCUCCCUGCCAUGCAGGGAUUUGAUAAGAAAAGGCAUGGGGUUGACUUGCUUGGUAGGGACUUUAUCGUUCUUGGUAAACUUAUCUAUAUGCUUGGUGUUUGUAUGAAAUCUGUGGCCAUGCAUCCAGAAGCAUCAGCUUUGGCUCCUGCCCUUCUAGACAUGUUAAGCUCAAGGGAUAUUUCCCAUCAUGCAGAAGCAUAUGUCAGAAGAUCUGUCCUUUUCGCAGCUUCAUGCAUAUUGAUAGCACUACAUCCUUCCUACGUAGCAUCUGCUUUGAUUGAGGGCAAUCAAGAAAUCUCUAGAGGGCUUGAAUGGAUACGCACAUGGGCUCUUCAUGUUACUGAAUUGGACUCAGAUACUGAAUGCUCCACGAUGGCUAUGACAUGUCUCCAGCUCCAUUCUGAGAUGGCUCUUCAAGCCUCCCGGUCACUUGAAUCUACAGACCGUAUUACAGCAAGAGGGGGUGGUGUGUCUUCCAAGCUUUUGAGUGGGGAAAUCAGAAUGCCAUAUCGAAAUUGAUUUACAGCUUGCUGGUGUAUCCUUCUGUAUACAAAUGUAUUGAGAUUCAUCAAUUAUUCAGGUGAAUUUUGUUAUAUCCUGUUGUAUAAUUAGUUCAAUGCAGCUUGUUCUUUUUUCGA